AUGGAUGUUCUUGAGAAGGAGAUCAUUAAGCUGCAGAGGGAUUCCAGCUUUGAUCAGAGUAUUGAAGAUGUGGAUAAGAUCAUACAGCAACUGGAAAAAGCACGAGAUGCUAUUGAAUCAGAACCUCAAUUCGCUUCCAUAACUUUAACCAAACUCCAGCACCCAUUGAAGAAUGGUUUUGAGAAAGUUAAUGAUGAUAUUAAAAAAAUCCAUAAAGCACAUGGUACCUACGGCAAAGCAGUAAACUCGAAUCUGCCAAAACAAACAUUACUUAACGAAAUCGAUGCUCUUGCAAAUCACACCGAACUCGUAAAUCGAGCUAUCACCAUGCACCUUUUACGCGAAGGACAAUUCGGAGUAGCAUCAACAUUCUACGAAGAGUUACAAAACAUGAAAAAGAAUAGCUCGGGUCCAGGAGCAGAUUCAAACUUGCUUGCGCCAGAGGACGAGACUGUGGACGUAGGACUCCAAGGUGAAUUUGAAACCAUGUAUAAUAUAUUACACCAGCUCAAAGAGCGAAAUCUUCAUCCAGCAAUAGAAUGGGCACGAAAGAACAGCAGGGAACUCGAAACUCGAGGCAGUAAUCUCGAAUUCGAACUCAGCAAACUCCAAUUUGUUUGGUUGUUUCUUGGUCCCGAGACAAACGGUCUCCCAGAUGAUGAAAACAAUGGUCUACCGGGUGCACUUCAAUAUGCUCGUGAUUACUUUCCUCGAUUUCAAAGCCGGUUCCUCAAAGAAAUUCAGCAACUUAUCACGGCCAUGGUGUUCGAAUCUAACCUUCAAAGAUCCCCUUAUCAACAAACUUUCAACACCUCCAGCUCCUGGUCUGACGUCUGCACCUCCUUCACCCGCGAAUUCUGUUCACUUCUUGGCCUCUCAGCCGAAUCUCCGCUUUAUCUCGCUGCAACAGCCGGGGCCAUCGCUCUCCCUACCCUCAUAAAGCUCGCUACGAUCCAAAGAACAAAACGUACGAAUUGGACAACGGAUACAGAACUUGCGGUAGAGAUACCGUUACCGAGAAGCAUGAUAUUCCAUCCAAUUUUCGUAUGUCCAGUGAGCAAGGAGCAAACGAAUGAAUCUAAUCCGCCAAUGAUGUUACCUUGUGGUCAUGUGGUUGCGAAGGAAAGUUUGCAGAAAUUGAGUAAGGGUGGGAGAUUCAAGUGUCCAUAUUGUCCAGUUGAGAGUCAGAUGAAGGAGGCAAGGCAGAUCUACUUGUAG